AUGGAUCAGAAAUUCUCGCAAAAUGCCUCUCACAAUCCAGAUGCCAUUGCAGUCGAGGAUGGCUCCCAGAAAUGGUCCUAUUCGGACGUUCAUCGCGAGGUUGAGCGACUCUCGUCUAUCCUCAAGUCCUUGAAACUCCCCACUGAAGCACCUAUUGGUAUUAUUGAAGAGCUGGGUUCGCCCAUUGUUAUCGCCCAACUGGCUGUCAUCCGCGCAAGGCACACCUGCUUGCCCUUAGACCCAUCGUUGCCGACAGCUCGUCUGCGGGAUCUGCUUACUGAGGUUGGGUCCCAAUAUGUCCUGUCGAACAAAGACUGCUUUGACGAAGUUCUUGGGGUUGAGGUUAUUCCUAUUACUCGGAAGCCCUUGGAAAGCGGGUAUCCUGCCAAAGCCAGCAGUCAGUCUAAUGGGAUAGACCAGGGCCACCAGGGCAAGAAGUGCGGGUAUCGGAGUCAUAUUCUAUAUACCUCUGGAUCAAGUGGAAAGCCGAAAGCAGUGCAAAUUCCCGAAAUAGGUAUCUUGAAUCUGGUCUCUGACCCUCCCAUCUUGCUGCAGAAGUUGGAUCGGGUGGCAGUGAUUAAUAACCCUGGCUUCGACGUUUCUCUAUAUGAAAUCUUGGUUCCCCUAGUGGUCGGGGCUACUAUUGUCGUUGUGCCUCGUCCGGUCAUCACCGAUCCUUUCAACGCGCGAGAAUUCAUUGCUGAGAAGAAGAUAUCAAUUGUUUUUCUCACCGCAUCACUCUUCAAUAUCAUUGCUCAAGCAUGUCCCACGACUUUUAGGGGGGUUCGGCAUGUGCUCACAGCUGGUGAAGCUGCCAACAUAGCCGCCAUGACAGCCGUUCUCGAAUCAUCCGGGCCCCCCAAGAACCUCUGGAACACGUACGGACCGACAGAAACCCUCGUCUUCUCUACUCUGCAUCCUGUGACACCAUCGGAGCUUCAAUACAGCAAUAUAAGUAUUGGAAAACCAUUCGGGGACACGAAGUUGCUGCUCGUUGACUCGGAAUCCAACCCGAUAACCGAGCCAGGGAAAACUGGCGAGAUUCUUCUUGGAGGUCCAUCAUUGACUCCGGGGUACAUCGGGCGCCCAGAAGAGAAUGAGUCGCGCUUUGUCAUUUCUACAAACGGCACUCGUUACUAUAAAACCGGGGAUUUAGCUCGAUGGCGCCCUGAUGACCCAGAUCUGCUCGAAUUUGCUGGUCGGGUGGACUUACAAGUGAAACAAGGCGGAUUCCGAGUUGAGUUGAAUGAGAUCGAGCAAAACCUUCUCGCCAGUAAGGCACUGUCAGCGGCGAUUGUGGUGCAAGUCCGUCCAUCCGAUGACAGUGACCCGUUUCUGGUCGGCUAUGUCAUCCCUGCAGCUUCCAACUCCGUUCGCAAGCGACAGCUCGUGGAGCAUAUGGAGAAGCGAGUCCCAGAUUACAUGGUCCCCAGAGACUUCGUAUUCUGUUCAAAGUUCCCAAUCACAGAGCAUGGCAAAGUCGACCGCAAAGGGCUCAAGGACCGUUAUUUGCAGCACCAGGAACAAUCGAGAACAGAUGAAAAUGUCAACGGCAAAUCGUUGGACCUCGCCGCCCAGAUCCGCAAUAUUUGGUCCUCUCUGUUGAACAUAUCGGAAAUCAAAGAGUCCGAUGACUUUUUCUCUCUCCGGGGCACGUCCAUCCAAGCGGCCUCAAUGAUUUCGACGAUUCAGAAACAACUCGGCAAGACUAUCUCGAUGCGUGCCCUCUUCGAGAACUCCCGCUUCAAGGACCUUGUUCAAUACAUUGAAGAGUAUGCAGAAGGGGGUAAUGCGCCGGACGACACCGAAUCCUGGCUAUCUGAUGCUGCAUAUGGCGAGGAGGUAAGCCCCGUUCCCGACUGGCAGGCGCCCGGCGAAGGCCGAGUCUUCAUGACCGGCGCCACCGGCUUCAUCGGCGCCCAUUUUCUCAAUCGACUACUCAAGAUGGACACUGUCCGAGAGAUCAUCUGCCUAGUCCGCCCGAAGAACGGAAUGUCCGCCCGAGAACGCGUGCAAAGUGUUCUGGAGCGGUACGAUCUGUGGGACAGUUGCAAGGACGCCAUCACCAAGAUGACGGUGCUGCACGGCGACAUCACCAAGGGCCAAUUCGGGUUGACGGAUGAACAGUUCGCCUGGUUGGUUGACCGAGCCAGCGUGGUGUUCCAUCUCGGAGCCAAACUCAAUUUUUGUGAGCCGUAUGAUGCCCAUCAGGAGGUCAAUGUGAUCGGCACGAAGAAUACGUUGGAGGUGGCCGCGCGCGGCCGCCGGAAGACUUUCCACUACAUGUCUAGCAUUGAUACCUGGGGCACCACUGGGCUGACACUGGAGACGCGGCGGCUCCUCGAGGAUGAGCCGCUGGAGCCUCAUCUACCGAGCCUACGCUAUGACACCGGGUACGCGGCCAGCAAGUGGGUGGCCGAGGCGGUUGUUCGUCGCGCGCGCCAGCGCGGCAUCCCGACCAUCAUCUAUCGUCCAGGGUUUGUGAUCGGAGAUUCGCGUUAUGGACAUGGAAAUCCUGAUGAUUUCUUCGCCCGGCUUAUGGUAGGUACCAUCCAGCUAGGCGCAUUCCCCCGGUUGCCGAACCAACGAAUGGAGAGGAACCUAGGCAAGUCGUUCAGCCUCGUGGCGCCGGACCCGGCCGACUCCGUAAAUCUCGAAAAAACCCACUGCAUCAUCAACAAGGCAGGGUAUCCGGUCGAGCUCGUCCCGUACUGGGAGUGGGUGCACCGACUGGAGAAGACUGAUGGCCAGAACCCGCUAAUGCCUCUGAUGCCGCUGCUGCGAGAGCCAGUUCUCGGCGGGCUGUCUCGGUUCGAGACCAGCCGCAACACGCCGCAUUACACGAGCUUUAACACGGUCAAGGCGCUGGAGGAAGCACCGGAUAUUCGGUAUAUUCCGCUUGACGCAGGGAUGCUGAACCGGUUCUUGCAGUUCUGGGACCGGAAGGGCUACUAUCAUGUCUUGCGGAAGGAUUCUGGGCCCAAGGAGCGAAAAGUAGUGAGAUGA